GUGCAAUCUGUUGGUGAUGUCGGCCGCCGCCAAGCUGAGUGCAUGGGAGGUAUGCAUUGGGCUUGAGAUCCAUGCGCAGAUCCAGUCAGUCUCCAAGCUCUUCUCCGGUGCGAGUGCAGCGACGAAAGGCUCGCUCGUACCGAACACGCGCGUUUCGUUCUUUGACGCAGCCCUUCCUGGCACGCUCCCCAGCGUGAACACGGCCUGCGUGCAGCAAGCCGUGCGCACGGCCCGCGCGCUCCAGAGCGACGUCCAGCUGCGCAGCGUCUUUGAGCGCAAGCACUACUUCUACUGCGACCUCCCGCUCGGGUACCAGAUCACGCAGCAGCGCGCGCCGAUCGCGACCAAAGGCGUCCUCAAGUUCCAGGUCCAGGAAGCCAAGCCGGUCGUGCAGACCAACUUUACGAGCCGCAAGGAGAAGAACGCCGCGUCCAAGAAGGCAGCGUCCAAGGCCGACGACGAGUGGGUCGAGAAGAGCGUGCGCAUCAACCGUAUCCAGAUCGAGCAGGACUCGGGCAAGAGCAUCCACACGCUCGACGCGACGCACGUCGACCUCAACCGCGCGGGCACGGGCCUCAUGGAGAUCGUCUUCGAGCCGGAUCUUCGCAGCGCCGCCGAGGCCGGUCAGGUGCUCCGCGAGGUGCAGCACUUGCUGCGGCACAUUGGCACGUGCGACGGCAACAUGGAAGAGGGCUCGAUGCGCUGCGACCUCAACGUGAGCGUGCGGCCCAAGCCAAGCACGCGCGAAGAGGAGACGAGCAUCCCGUUUGGCGAACGCGUCGAAGUCAAGAACAUGAAUAGCAUCAAGAACCUCGUCAAGGCCGUCGAGUACGAGAUGGAGCGCCAGGUGGACCACAUCCUCGCGACGGGCACGCGCAUCGCCAAGGAGACGCGGACGUUUGACGCAGCGACAGGCAUGACGAAACGCAUGCGCACCAAGGAAGGCGCCAAGGACUACCGGUUCUUCCCUGAGCCCGACCUUCCGCCGCUCGUGAUUACGCCGACGUUUGUCGACGACGCACUCGCGACGCUGCCAGAGCUGCCAGAAAAGAUGAAGGCGCGGCUCCGUGCGACGUACGGUCUCUCGGCCUACGAAGCGUCCGUCCUUGUGCUGACGCCGUCGGCCGUCGACUUUUUCGAAGCCGUUUGCGCGGUGGACUCGCGACCACACAAGCUCGUGGCCAACUGGGUGCUGAACGACCUCUUCUCGCUCCUCAAAGCGACCAACACGGGCAUUGCGGAGAGCCCCGUGUCACCCGACCGUCUCGGGGAGCUCGUGGACCUCAUUGUAAACGAGACGAUUUCAGGCAAAAUGGCCAAGGAGCUCAUUGAGCGCAUGUACUACGAAGACAGCCGCCCGCCCGCGGCGAUUGUCGAGGAGCAGGGCUGGGCGCAAAUCACGGACGUGGCCGAGCUCACGCGCUACUGCCAAGCCGUGCUUGCCGAGCCGAAAAACCAAAAGAACGUCGCGGCGUACCGUGGCGGCAAGGCGCAGCUCUUCGGCUUCUUCAUCGGCCAGGUCAUGAAGGCGUCCAACGGCCUCGUGCACCCCGAGAAGGUCAACGACAUCAUGCGGGCCCUGCUUAAGACGCCCACGGACGCCUAAAGAGGCAGCCGCGAUAGACAUGCAUCCAACGAAAAGUGUGCAGACAAUA